AUGGGUCAGAAUUUCGAUGCUAGCCACGACGUUGCGACAGUCGGGACCUUACCACUCACACCUCCCGAUUCGCAACCGCAAGAUCCGGUACAAGUUCUUAAUCUCCCAUGCCCGCCCUUCAUCAGCAUAGAUGGCCUUCACAACUUUCGCGACUGUGGAGGUUACCCGGUCGCAGACCGCCCCGGCAAGAUCGUCCGACGUGGGAUGCUCUACCGAUCGGCAGACCCGUCCAAGAUCACCAACACGGGCAUCUCCCAGCUGCAGGCGCUGAAAAUUGCUCGGGUAUUUGACCUUCGCUCCGACUUCGAGAUUGAAGAGAGCACCAAGAAAGGCUGGGGGCAGAUUAGGGUUUGGGAUCGAGCGGUGAGAGUCCAGGCCUCCGUCUUCACCGACAGCGACAUUGCGAAUGGGCAGCGUGCCAUGCGGGAUCAAAAUUUGAGAAAGGAGGGCAUCGAGGGCUUCGUGCAGUACUACCGGGAUGUUCUCGAAUCUGCCACCUCGCUCAGCAAUCCUUUCCAGCCACUCAAGAACAUCCUGAACCACCUCGCCGCAGUUCGCCCAUCGGAGCUUGAACCGAUACUUAUACAUUGCUCUUUGGGAAAAGACCGGACCGGGGUCAUUUGCGCACUAGUCCUGAGCAUCUGCGGCGUAGACGACAGCACUGUUGCGCAUGAGUACGCCUUGACAGCCCUCGGUAUCAAGGACAAGAUAGUGAGCAUCAUCGCCGAGACACGGCCAAAUGGGCCCGGGAUAUCCGAAGAGGAAGAGCGCUUCUUCAGCUCGAGGUUAGUUAGUCCAUCGUGA